UCUUCGGGGUUUCUUCCCUAUGGUUUCUUCUGGAGAGGCUGUCUUCGCAUCAACCUGUCUACUGCGUUUAGAACUUCUAACUUUAGCACGCUUUUUAAAUAUCACAGGUAAAAUGAAGAAAGUGGUACAUAACAGCGAUACCAAAGCCGACAUGACGGCUAGAACCCAUUUGAAGGAGGAUGUCAACUUCAAAUUACAUUUUCGAAUGAUAAACGAUCAACAAGUGGAGGAUAUCUGCAUUGAUUUCUUCUAUAAGCCACACACCAUCACACUCCUGACAGUAACUGUGCUCAGCCUCAUGUACUUCAUGUUUAACAGGAACGAUGGAAACUCUGACAACAACCUCAGAGUUGGUCUGUUGGUAGUUCUCUCCUUCUUUAUGGUCAUCAGUGUACUGGCCUUUCCUAAUGGACCUUUUACCAGGCCUCAUCCUGCAAUAUGGCGUAUGGUGUUUGGUCUCAGUGUUAUGUACUUCCUGUUUCUUGUCUUCCUCAUCUUCCUCAACUGGGACCAAGUUAAGAUUCUCUUGUACUGGCUGGACCCAAAUCUGCGUUAUGCCACAAGGGAAGCAGAUGUCAUGGAAUACGCUGUAAACUGCACAGUGAUAACAUGGGACCGGAUCCUGAGCCACUUCGACAUCUUUGCAUUUGGCCACUUUGCAGGCUGGGCCAUGAAGGCUCUGCUCAUCCGCAGCUAUGGCCUCUGUUGGACCAUCAGUAUAACCUGGGAGCUGACUGAGCUCUUUUUUAUGCACCUGCUGCCAAACUUUGCAGAGUGCUGGUGGGAUCAGGUGAUACUGGACAUUCUGUUGUGUAAUGGAGGAGGCAUCUGGCUGGGAAUGACUGCAUGCAGAUUUUUGGAGAUGAGGACGUACAGCUGGGCUAGCAUCAAGGAAAUCCACACCACCACGGGAAAGAUUAAGCGAGCUGUGCUCCAGUUCACCCCAGCCAGCUGGACUUUUGUGCGCUGGUUCGACCCAAAGUCUUCCUCCCAGAGACUUGCAGGCAUCUAUCUAUUCAUGAUCCUAUGGCAGCUGACAGAGUUGAACACGUUCUUCCUCAAGCACAUCUUCGUCUUCCAGGCAUCUCACCCUCUCAGCUGGUGUCGUAUCCUCCUUGUUGGAGCCAUCACUGCACCCACUGUUCGACAAUAUUAUGCCUACCUGACGGACACUCAGUGUAAGCGAGUUGGCACACAAUGUUGGGUGUUUGGGGCCAUCGCUUUCCUUGAAGCUCUUGCUUGUGUGAAAUUUGGUCACGACUUGUUUUCUAAGACACAAAUCCGUUAUGUGCUCAUGUGGCUGCUCUGUCUGGCAUUUAUCACACUUCUGUGUCUGUAUUGGAUGGUGUGGCAUGAGCAAAAAAAGAUGAAGAGCAGUACUUCUGUCCAAAGUGAGGACUGUGAUGACAGCAGGGCUGUGGACUCGUGUGAGAUUGUCCCAGAUGGCGUUGCAGCUCGGAAGGAAUCCUUGAGAAGUUUACAACCUACAAAACGGAGGAGAGCACCGGGGAAGAAUAGAUUUGUGAAUGGCCAUGGAGGAAAGAGACAAUAAAUAACCAUCACUAUUUACAACAUCUGUGGACUAUGCACUCAAAAGUUACAGAAUAAAUAUUGCUAAAGUUGCAUAAAGUUGGAAGGUAAACUCCUGAACUGAACCACCUCAACAGUAUUUCAUAUCCAAGAUAUUUUUAAACCAACCUUAACCAAUUAUUAUGCACUGGAUUUUGAAAGAGAAGGUGACCUCUUUUGCACUGUAAAACAAGCAUGCCAGCCUUCCUUGCGCACAACUAUUUUGAUAGGUGUAUAGAAUAAUUGCUUUGUUCCAAAUGUUACAACUUAAAUGUUUAACUAAAAGUCACAAGUGGUUUUGAGUGUGCAAUUUUUAAGUCCUUUAACUUAAUUUAUUUGUUUUUACAGAAUAACUGGUUUUAGACUUGACUGUACCGUAUGCUUCACUUUUUUUAACACUCAUCAUCAGGAAGUUUUUGUCUACUCGAAGAGAAGCAACAAAGUGUUAAUGAACAACCUAUAGGCUUAGAAUGAAAUGUAUACUCUUUUUUUUAGCACGUAUUAAUGGGAUUAUUAUAACUGUUAAACUGUUCAUUAUGUUGGGAUUUUUUAUAUUUUUGGGUGUUUGUGGUUUGAGAGCUAUGCGAAUAGUGUGUGAUUGGUGUACUUACAGAAAUACUGUGACAUUCAAUGCAAUAGCACUGUUGUGACUUUCACAAGCAGAUGAUAAUCACUUGUGUGAGUUUUUCCAUUGUCCCGAAUCACUUAAAUGUGAUGUCAUUACACUAUACAGGUCCAUAUAAGCUAGUCUUAAUACUGUUGAAUAAUUUGGUGUAGUUACACACUAAGUAUGAAAUUAUUUUAUAAUUUUACAUCGGAUUGAUCAAUCUUAACAAAUUAAUGUCUGUGUCUUUUUUUCUUUUUUGUAGCAAUAGCAUACCUUAUUGAUUCCAGUGUUUUGGUCUCUUGAAUGCUUUAAGUUAUAGGCCAAAAUGUAUUUACGAUAAAAUGUUUAAAGUAUGUUAACUGUAACAGUGAUUUGAUAUGGAAGGAUUUGCUUGUUUUGUUACAUUUAAUUAAAUUAUCACUUAUUUGCUU